AAAGUGAGUGAUGUGCAAAUUCAAUUCAGAGAGAUAACAACAAAAAAAAAAGAUUAAAAGCAAACGUUUGCUAUCAACUGAUAUUUUAAAGAGACUUUGUUUAUCACUGUAAAUGUAUGGCAUAAUCUUACACUGAGUGAAUGAGUUUAAGGACCUUUUCGGUUCAUUCCACUACAAUCUGAUGUUACAUAAUACAUAACACAACAGAACAUUACAACAGCUCAAGAGCAUACACAGCACGAGACUUAUCCACAUCGGCGAUGUAGCAGCGAAAAAAAACAUAACUUGUGCUGCAAAUGUGAAUAAAAAAGGAAAGAGAUAAAGAAUAUGCAGAAAAAACAAGAACAUAAUACGAAAAAAAAUAAUACACACAAACAUACUCACUUGAUCGUUUUGAUUCUCAGUUGCUUCUUGAUAUAUCCGAGGGAAACGUAGUUUCAAUUUCGAUUGAACAUUAAAAAUUGCUUUUAAUUGUUGUGCGCGUGUUGUGAGCAGUGACCGUGCAUAUACAAAUACCAAAGUGUAAUCAUUUUUAGCCGGGACGGUAUAUCAAAAUCAGCCAACACUCUUUAAUUUAUCAUUGCAGAACACUUUUUUGGCAGUGGAUUUAUCAUAAUCUGGUUGCAUUUCAAGUUGCAAAACCAAAUGUGAAAGAGUGUAUGCAAUAAAUGAAGAUUCAACUCAGAAACCAAUUUACGGACCAAACGAACUGAUUUUUAACGGCUAUGCACGUAAAAAGUUUAACAUUAAAACUAAAUCAAAGAGCAAUAACAUUAUAAAAGUUAAGAAAAGACGAGAGAAAAAAAGAUAGAAAUACCAAUAAGACUGUUUUUACCAAUCAGCUAACUCACCAAAUAAGAAGAAAAAAAAACAAGAGAAAAAUGCACGAAAGGGGCGCGAUUUAAUGCUGUAUGAACAAAAAAGAAGAAAAUCAGUUAAGAAUACAAAUAAUUGUUUGAUUGUGAUUUUUUUUAUGUGCAUUUGUGAUUCACAAAUUUGACUGCCGCUUUGACUGACAGUGAUCACAUAUUCAUGCUAAUUAGAUAAUAUGAUCUUUUUUAUAAAUAUAUAAAUUCAACGGACACAUUUCAAUCCAACGAAAACAAAAACGACACGUUCGCCGAAUCGUCUUCACAAAGGAAAAGAACAUUGGCCAAAAUAAUUCGGUUUUGUUUUUCUCUGAUUUCACUGAUUUUUUCGGCUUAGUGGUCAUUGGCCGUUUGUCAUCCAUCACUAGAAUUUCACGAAUUAUGGUGAUAAAUGUGUGAAUAACAACACUCGUAAUAUUUAAUAUAUAUAUAGAUUUUGUUGACAUCGAAAUAUUGCCAAAAGAAACAACAACAAACAUACUGAAACAUUAAUUUAUACGAUGGAAGCGAGAUCUAGCUAAAGGAAUAAUUGGAUUAAAAUUAUUUAUUUUAUACGCAUCUCGAAUUCAUCUCAUCAUUUUUUUAUUUCGACUGAAGCAGUCCAUUCAUUUACAUGACCAAUAUGGCGGUUAAUAGUCAACCGCGAAGUAUUACACCUGAAGGUCAACAGGAGUAUGAUGUGACUCGUAUGCGAGAAGAGGACUUUGAGCGAUUGGCGGUUUAUAUUGUGCCCGAUGUUCCAUGCGAACGGGGAACUAUUGGUCGAGCCGAAAAAACUCUGCCAAGAAGCUUAACAUUAAAACCAUCACUCGUUUUAUCUACGCCAAGUGUAAAGACUGAAGGUGUGUGGAGCACAGGUGUUAUUCCACGUGGAACACGUUUUGGACCGUUCGAAGGAAUUCCAACACCAAACUAUCCAAGUGAUAAAAGUUCAUGGAGAUAUUUCUGGCGGGUGCAGGGAACAUGUCAUGUAACAUACGGAAAUAUUAAGAUAUUCAAGGACAACGAUUACUAUUAUCUUGAUGGUUCUGAUACGAGACAGGCAAAUUGGAUGCGAUUUGUUGCGUCCGCCUACAGUUUACAAGUGAUGAAUUUGGUUGCCUGUCAGCAUCAGGAUAACAUUUAUUUUUACACAAUUCGCGACAUUAUGCCGAAUGAAGAGCUAAUGGUGUGGUAUUGUCGUGAUUUUGCCAAACGAUUGGGCUAUGAUGUUGACCCCGAACGCACAACAUAUUCCAUAUGUAAGGAAGAGGCAAUGAAAAAAUUACCGGCUAAAACAUCACCGGUCGCUCCAGAAAUUGCAUUUAAUCAUGUUAAAUACGUAAUGGGAUUUGCAUUGCCGCCACGUUCAUCGCCCAGCCCAUCGCCACCGUUGCAAACAAUCGUUCAACCACAAUUACAAGCUCAAGCUUUGGCUCAACAAACACAACAAAGCUUAUUGCUCAAAAAUGGACGUCCGCUUCAUCAAACUGUUGUUCAUUUACGUGAAACACAAGAGGUACGAAAUAUGUUGCCCGUACAGGUGCUAUUACGUGAUCAAUCACCAAUUCGCGAAGGUAGCAAAGAAAAAGAUGCACAUUCACCAAUCUCACACAAAGAUACACACUAUGAACAUCAAUUGACACCAAACGAUGGCUCGGUACGAUCGGACGAAGGCUAUCAAAGUAAUGAACAUUUUGAAGAUGGCCUCACACCACCGGAAGAUUAUAGUGACAGCGAAGAUGAAAAUAACUACGUUUUGGACUGUUCGAAAAAAGCAAUUGAACCGAAAGAGACGGUACUAUGUAAAUCGGAAGAUAAAAAUGAAUAUCGCAAAGUUAAAAUGAAGAUGCCAUUGAAGUAUGAAUUCAAAAAGAAGUCCAUCAAAUUGGAGCAAAUGAGCAAAGACUCACCGUCAACCGAUGAUGAACUAAUGCCACUACAGUCCAAAGAACCAUCUUCGCCACGUCGAGUGAUAACGCCAGCCACAAGCACAGUGAUUGUGCUAGAAAACUCAUCAGCACAUACAAUUGUUCCUCUUACGAAACCAUAUUAUGAAGCAACCGCUUCAGAAACGGUAUCUCCACCAAUAAUGGGUUACACACCCCCCAGCUCUAGUAUUUUAGAAACUAUUUUAACCGGAAAUCGUGUAAUUUCUGGAACGCGACAACCGAAUGCAACACCACCACCAACGUCACCGACUGAAAUGGCUUAUUCCUAUAAAAAAUCUCACCGAUAUGGCAACGCAUGCAGUCCAGAUUCGAGCUCAAAUUAUACUCCAAAUUGUCAAUCAAUCAGUGCGCCAGAGACAAUCGAAACGAGAGACAUGCCAAAGGAACGAUCACCAACUCCUCCAACUGUACCAUCAUUAGCUUAUGCAAGUCAAACUAGCACACCAGCUUCAAUGACGUACGAACAGCAUCGAACAUCACCAUUCUCGUACAUGCUUUCAUCGGCAAACAAUGUCAUUUCGCAUGUACCAAGUUCUACAUAUUCGCCACCAUUGAGCAAUGGUCACUAUGAACGCAUUUCCAAUCAUUCACUAUCUCCAUCGGGCAGUUUGCUCUCAUUACAAGGUCAACUUCUUUCCCAUCCGAUAAUGACGCCGCUAACUCCAUUGCAACGGCUGUCACCGAGCAUGCGAGCAUCACCUCCAUGCAGUCUUAGCCCAGAUGGAUCGUGCACCAGAAGUGGUAGCCCACUAAGUCCCGGCGGUACAUCACGUGGCUAUCGCAGUUUGCCUUAUCCAUUGAAAAAGAAAGAUGGUAAAAUGCAUUACGAAUGCAAUGUGUGUUGCAAAACAUUUGGACAAUUAUCGAAUUUGAAAGUGCAUUUGCGUACGCAUUCCGGUGAACGGCCUUUUCAAUGUGGUGUCUGUACGAAAUCGUUCACACAGCUUGCCCACCUACAAAAGCAUCAUCUUGUUCACACAGGCGAAAAGCCCCAUCAAUGCAAUAUUUGUAAAAAACGAUUCUCAUCAACAUCAAAUCUCAAAACUCACCUUCGUUUGCACAGUGGUCAAAAGCCGUAUGCAUGCGAUUUAUGUCCGCAAAAAUUCACACAAUUUGUGCAUUUAAAGCUUCACAAACGAUUACACACCAACGAUAGACCAUAUGUAUGUCAAGGUUGCGAUAAAAAAUACAUUAGCGCAUCGGGACUUCGAACACAUUGGAAAACGACUAGUUGCAAACCAAAUAAUAUUGAAGAAGAAUUGGCACUUGCAGCCGCCGCUACCAACGAAUGCUUAGAUAAGGAACACGAAAACGAUCCGAAGGACAUGUAUGAAGUACAACAACAAAUUCAUAUGCGAAACAUUGAUCAUCAUCAUUCGUCUAAUUCACCGUCGCGUUUAUUGAGUAUUCACUCUCAAGCGCAUCCACUUCAAUCGAACCCACCAAUGCAUCAACCCCAAAAGAAUCAUCACAUGCAACACCAACAAACACAACAGCAGCCUCAAAGCCAAUCUGUUCAACAGCAACCAUCUACAGCUCAACAGACACAAUCGAAUGGACAUUAUACGCAUCAUUCACACCAACAAUCAAAUGGCGAACGUCCUAGCGUCAUUGAAUCCAAUCAAGCAUUAAUAAUUGAAUGCACGUAAUUAUUAUCCAGUGUGUGAAACGGAUGAGAAAGAGAUAGAGCAAGAAGCUAUAAUGGUUUUUGAUCCGACUUGUGAUUAUCAUUGUUUAAAAUGAAGCUAAAUUUAAUGAAAAGAAAAUAAUGAAAGAUGAUACAAACAACACAUUAAAAUGAACAUUUAAUUAUUAUUAUUCAAUAAUCGAACUAAAAUGAUUAAUUGUAAUGAGAGCUUGUGACUGACCCAUUAGGUAUUUAGACUAAAUAAAUAGCUAAAUUAUAUUAUAAUCAAAUUAAGUGAUGAAUGACGGAAGUAUUGAGUGAAUCAAAUGUCUAAGAUGAAAAGAAAAAAGAAAAUGAAGCAGAAAAACAACAAAUACAUAGAAAUACACACACUUUGUUAGGCUACUUUACUGUAUAAUGAAUUAAACUAUAAAUGAAAAAAAAAACUUAUUGACUAUUAAUUUAAACAAUAUGAUUAUUUUCAUACAAUUAUACAGAUAAUCUUAUAUGGUUAAGGUACUAACUUAUACAAUUAAGCUAGAAAUUGAUGAAAAAUUGGUAAAAAACGAAAACAAAUGAAACUCUAAAAAUGAUUAUAUUGCAAAUGGUAUGAUUUCGAGUAAGGUGUUUAUUGAAAAAUGUUGAAUCAAAUUAGUAAAAUCAGAACUCAAAGGUGAAAAACAAAUGUUAACGGAAGUAUUCACGACGCAAACGCACAGAAAAGCAAAUUGAGCAUUCUAGAAAUUACAUUCAACAAAAUUCCCAUAAUGCGAUUUUUUUUAGCUGUUUUCGUUAUUUUUUUGUAACAGUUUUCCUUAUAUUUUCCCAUGUGGGACAUUAAAGCGCGUGAAAUGUACAUAAAUCCAAAGCAACGUUGAUGCAGUUUUGAUAAAAAUGUUCUUUUAGAUGUAAAACAAAAAAGUACUAGAAAUAUUGAUAACUGAAAAUAAAUAAUUUUAUCACAUUUACAAGUAAAUCUUUAAUGUUAAGGAAUAUUAAUUUAACAAAACGUAGAACGUCAAAACAAAAAGAAGAAAGUGGUUGAAAAUAACAAUUUUCUUCAUUUUUUUAUGAAAAAAAAAAAAAUAAUAACAACAAACAAACUGAUCAACUCAACAACAGACGAUUUUUUUACAAUUAUUAUGAAAAAUUCGAAUUUCAUUGAAAAAUCCAUUCAAUCUGUUGUAUUUUUUUUGUACAAUUUGAGACAUCUGUUAAGUAUUAUUGUAAAACAAUUUAUCCACGACGAACAAAACACAUACACACGCGCACUAUCGACACUAAGAGACUAAGAGACUAAGAGAUAUACAUUUAAGAUAAUGAAUACGAAUAAUAACUUAUAUUGUUAUAUUCCUUUUAUGUAAAAAGAAAACACACACACAUACACACAAA